GAAUGCUUGGAUUAUCACUAAUUGCGAAUUAUAGCCGUUAUAACAGUCGGUAAUUAAUUUUUGUAAACGUUAUUAUUGUAAACGUUAUUACAUGAAAACACUUUGAGUUUUUUAUUUUCAAGAUCACUUAGAUCUAGGAAUGCGUUCUUCGCCGCUCUACGUGCGAUCGUAGACUGGAUCAGGCAAUGCAGGAUUUGCGCGCUCGGGUCUUGUGAUCCCGAAAUUCCUCCAGGAACCGCAUCACCACCCCCACCUAUUAUAUUUGCGUGUACCGUUUCGCACCUUCCCACCUUCUGCUCCAGGAUUGGUAGAAGACAAGAUCCCACCAUCGGCUAAUGUUGCUUGAAGAGCAACGAGUUUCGUUACCUCGAGUUAUAUUAAGGCAUUGUGAAUGUUAGGCGUAACUUCUUGACAAAAACGCCACCGGAUCGGUUCCAGAUAACCGCCGACACACUACAAUAGAAGAGUGGACCGCAACAUAACUUUCUAGGCCAAUGUUACGGUCGUGGCGCAAGUGCAAUCAUAUCACAACGCAGACAAUGUCUCCUCUUCGAGGUACGCACAGAUAAUUACGAGAGAGCGUGAAAUAACGAAAAAAAUGUUAAUAACAAUAGCAUUUUGGCUGUUAGUUACUUUAAUUUGUUUUUGGAUUCUACUUGGUCCUGUUAUGAGAUUUCUGCGUGUUCUAUGGGAAAUUAUUAUACAAAUAUACAACAAGAAGGCAAUCGAUUUGCGAACAAAAUUCGGCGAAUGGGCAGUUGUCACUGGGUCAACUGACGGUAUUGGUAAAGCUUAUGCUAAGGAAUUAGCAGCAAGAAACAUGAAUCUAAUAUUAAUCAGCAGAAACUUAGAAAAACUUAAACGCACAAAAGACGAGAUGUUGUUAAUAAAUCCAAAAAUUCAGGUGAGGAUUCUUGCGGCGGAUUUCACUGAAGGAGAAAAUGCUUUUACGAAAAUCCAUUCUCUUUUGCAAGAUAUUUCCGUGGGCAUAUUAGUGAAUAAUGUGGGUAAGCAAUACGAAUAUCCCAUGUAUGUCGGAGAGGUACCCGAGAAGGAACUGUGGGACAUUAUCAAUGUAAAUGUGGGCGCCACUACGUUAAUGACGCGGUUGGUUAUCGGGCAGAUGCAAAAACGCAGACAAGGCGCGAUUGUCAACGUCUCCUCCGGAUCUGAGUUUCAGCCAUUGCCGUUGAUGACUGUAUACGCCGCUACGAAAGCGUAUAUGAAGAGUUUUUCCGAUGCUCUCAGGGCGGAAUAUUCCAGAUUCGGCGUAACUGUUCAACACCUGUCGCCUCUUUUCGUCAAUACCAAAAUGAACGCAUUUAGUUCUAAGCUUCAGGUUUCAAGUAUAUUUGUACCUGAUGCUACAACUUAUGCAAGAAAUGCUAUUGCCACUCUGGGCAAAAUGAACAGCAGUACUGGUUAUUGGGCCCAUAGUAUUCAAAAGUUCAUCACUCUAAUGUCACCUGUAUGGAUUAGAAUGAAAAUUGGACAAAUUAUGAAUGAAAGUUUCAGACAAGAUUAUUUCAAGCAACAAAAACAAAAGACAUUGCAAUAAUAUAUUUUAAAUAAACAGUUUGUCUUUUUUGAAGAUAUUAUAUCGUACUGACAUAGAAACUAA